AUAAUUUUCCACUCUCAACUCUGGUUCUGGAAUUGCUGGUCUCAACUCGAGUAGCUGCUCGUUCGCGGGAGCUAAUUUGGGUCACUUGAAUUCUCUACUACGUGGUUUAAUUCCUCAAAUGGCUUUUCUGUUUCAGAAAUUUCAAGAGGCUGUGAAGGUUCUUGCAAAAAAUCCAAUGUUUUCGAGGGAUCCAAGGCGCCUGCAGUUCGAAGCAGAUAUGAACCGCUUGUUCCUUUUCACCAGCUACAACCGUUUGGGGAGGAAUGCUGCUGAGGCUGAUGCAGAGGAGAUUAUUGACAUGGCCAGUAAAGCUUCCUUCGCUGAUCAACAAAAGCAAGUGCAAGAGAACAUCCAUUCACAGGUUAAAAGCUUCUGCAUGCAUAUGGAUGAAGUUCUUCUUCCAGAUAUGAGAAAGAGCAAUGAACCUGCAGAAUCACCCGAACAAUCCAAUGAUGCUGUUCGAAAAAGUGGUCUUAGUUUUGCUGUUGGCAGAAAUAAUCCAACUACUAACGUUGCUGAUAUCCCGAAGACGAGGCCGUUGAGACGAUCUGAACUUUCUCAGAAAUUAAAGGAUGCAAUUGGCUACACUCUUGAUAUCAAGCCAUCUCAAAUCCCUCACAAAGAUGCUGGACAAGGUCUAUUUAUAGAUGGCGAAGCUGAUGUCGGAUCUGUUGUAGCAAUAUACCCGGGCGUUAUCUACUCCCCUGCUCAUUAUCAGUACAUUCCUGGAUAUCCAAGAGUUGAUGCUCAGAAUCCAUAUCUGAUCACAAGGUACGACGGGACUGUAAUCAAUGCCCAACCUUGGGGUUUGGGUGCUGAUACCCGUGAGGUAUGGGAUGGCUUAACUGUUCCCAAAAGUAACCCGAUCAAACAAGGUGAUGAGAAAUCAGAUCGCCUUUGGCGAAUGCUGAGCAAACCGCUAGAAGCCAAGCAAAUGGAGCAUGGUAGUGAUGCUUUAGAGCGUAGAAACCCGCUAUCCUUUGCUCAUUUUGCCAACCACCCGGCUAAGGAUAUGGUUCCAAAUGUUAUGCUUUGUCCUUACGAUUACCCCUUGACAGAAAAGGACAUGAGAGUUUAUAUUCCGAAUGUAUUGUUUGCAAAUGAAGAAGUGAACAUGAAGAGGCUUGGUAGCUUUUGGUUCAAGUCUGGACGUUCAAGAAUCAACGGAUCAGAUACUCCCAUUUUGAAGACAAUAGUUCUCGUGGCAACUCGGGCGCUCUGCGAUGAAGAAGUGCUCUUAAAUUAUAGAUUGAGCAACUCCAAGCGUCGGCCAUCAUGGUAUACUCCUGUUGAUGAAGAGGAGGAUAGGAGGAGAUGGAGUUGAAUCAUCUCGACAAAGGUUUGUUUGUGAGUUCAGAUAACUCUUGCAAUAACAGUAAUUUUUGUAGGCAAAAAUUUUUCUCCUCAAACUUUAGUGAUUUUGCAUGCUACAAGAUUUAACUUAUUAUGGCUUUAAAGUUUAUAUGAUGUACGUUAAUAAGGUUCAUUGAGAGAGUAAUACUUAAAUCUUCGGAAGCUUGUUUCAAAUUUCCAUGAGUUGAAUGGAACUAUUUGCCAUGAA